AACUCCAUACUGCUACUUCUAUGGGACUCCAGUUUGUACCUGUAGACCUGUAGACCUGACCCACACCUGACAGCGGAGGGGAAAGAAUCACACAAGUGUCACUCAAGCCGAUGUUAGCUGGCCUCUCCUGACCUGGGCUGGAGACGAGGGAAGCGAUCGUGAAGUAAAACAGUGGUUCGCUCUCAUUCAGUGUUGAAUUUACUAUCACGCAGGAGACUGUCACGAAACAGCUAGCGGAUGAAGUGAGCUAGCUUGAUGACGUGAAAGGCUUCUAGUGAUGGCUUUAGUCUUGAGAAUAUUCACUUUGCCGCUUCGUUGUAGUUAGUUUAUUGUAUAUACAUUUUCUGCCAACUUGAGUCUCGUGACCUUAAUGCUUGUUAUCGUCCUACCUUCUGAAAUAACACCUUUCGUUAGAUAGCCUACCUGCUAACAUUAGCAUAAGAUUACUCAGUCAGAUUGCUUGUUUAACAGCUCAGUGGGUUAUGAAUCAUAAGAUAAUCAGAUAAGCAGAGUUGGGACCAAGCCUGUCAGUAUUGCACCCAUUGCUUGGUUAAUGUUUACCCCUGCUAACUAUCUCAUAUCUGUCAGGUAUUAACCAGGAAGCGUUUUCACUGGUUCUCGUGCAGACCGCGUCCAUCAGAUAACAAAGUGGUCGCAGGUUAUCUUGCAAACUUGCACACUAGAUUUCAUUUCUUUAACAAUAAGUUAAACUUGCAGCUAAGCUCGGGAAAUCCUGAUUCGUGCCCACUCAGACUUAGACUAAAUCCUCAAGUGAGCAUGGCUCCUAAAAAGAGACCAGUGCCCUUAAACAUAGCUCCUGCUGUCGAUGGGUUAUCCACCUCCAUCAACACUGAAGUCUCAUCUGAGGCCAAUCUAGAAUCCCUUAAAAAGAUAUUGGCCGAGCUGGAUCUGGAUGAACAACAGAAGAAAAGGUUAGAGGCUUUUCUCACACAGAAGGCCAAGGUGGGUGAGUUGAGAGAUGAUGACUUCCAGCGUGUCUGUGAGCUUGGUGCUGGCAACGGAGGAGUUGUCAAUAAGGAAUGCCACAAACCUUCAGGAAUAAUCAUGGCUAGAAAGGUACACUGGUAUACUAUUGUAAUUAAUCAUACAUAUACAUAUGCAGUAUUCAUAUUUAUACUUAAAUAUAGAUUAUGUUAUGGUAAAGUACUACACAACCAGGUAAUAAAAUUGAUCCUGAUGUUAGUAUUUUCUUCCCUUGUUAAGCUAAUUCAUCUUGAAAUCAAACCGGCUAUCAGAAACCAGAUCAUCCGAGAACUUCAGGUGCUGCACGAGUGUAACUCUCCCUACAUUGUGGGCUUUUAUGGAGCUUUUUACAGCGAUGGAGAGAUCAGUAUCUGCAUGGAAAACAUGGAUGGUGGAUCUCUAGACCAGGUGUUGAAAGAAGCAAGGAGGAUCCCUGAAGAGAUUCUGGGGAAAGUUAGCAUUGCUGUGUUGAGAGGCCUUGCCUACCUGAGAGAAAAACACCAAAUCAUGCACAGAGAUGUGAAGCCUUCCAACAUUUUGGUGAACUCGCGUGGGGAGAUAAAGCUUUGUGAUUUCGGUGUAAGCGGGCAGCUCAUAGACUCGAUGGCCAAUUCCUUUGUUGGGACAAGAUCCUACAUGUCGCCGGAGAGAUUGCAGGGAACCCACUACUCGGUGCAGUCAGAUGUGUGGAGUAUGGGGCUGUCUCUUGUAGAGCUGUCAAUUGGACGCUUCCCCAUCCCUCCUCCAGAUGCUAAAGAACUGGAGGCCAUAUUUGGACGUGCCAUUCUGGAUGGUAGUGAGGGGGAGACACUUAGCACCUCACCCAGACCCAGAGCACCUGGUCGAACUGUCAGCGGCCAUGGUCCUGCAAUGGCCAUCUUUGAGCUUCUAGACUACAUAGUAAAUGAGCCCCCUCCAAAAUUGCCACAUGGAGUCUUCACCUCUGAUUUUCAGGACUUUGUGACAAAAUGUCUCAUCAAAAAUCCAGCAGACAGGGCGGACUUGAAAAUGUUGAUGAACCACACGUUUAUCAAACGGUCCGAGGUGGAAGAGGUAGACUUUGCUGGCUGGCUCUGUAAAACCAUCGGUCUGAACCAACCGAAAACUCCCACUCGCGCUGCGGAAUGAACACUCUCCCAACACGCUCAUGCAACACAGCAUGAGUGUGUGAGUGUACAUCACGGAGAAGCUGCUGCUCAAAACCUUACACCCACAUUCACACUCUCUGUUUGCCACACCUCUCACUCAGGUGAGCCUUCAGAGUUUCAAUCUAUCAAAUGAACUCUGAUCAGGUUUGGGAAGGUACUGUACAGUUUGCAUCCUUUGUCACUGAUCAUUAAGACAUGGUGUGAAGUUUAAUUCAGGUUAUAAUUCUGACAUUGAAUAUCUUAUUUGGAGAGUAACAAAAACUAGAACUGAAAAACAGUAGAUUAGAAUUCUGUUGUAGUUUCAGUGUUUGGUUAUUUUUGUUACGACAAUGCCAUGUGUCCCAUUUUUUUGUCUUUUUGGCUGCUGGAUGCCAUUAGGAAUUUCCUUAGUUCAUGGCUGACUGUCCAUUUUCUGUCAAAGCUGAAAAAUUAUCCCCAAAAAGAGAAUCAAAACAUAUAAAAUACAACUUUUUUUCUUUACUAUUCUGCUUCUCAAUUUAAAAGUGUGAAUUUCUCAGAUGUGUUGUUCGGCUUACAGCACCAGUGUGUCAAUCCCAGCUCUCACUAUCACGGUUCAGCAUCUGUAAAUGUGUACAGGCAGAUACAGAUAUGAAUUUCUUUUUAUACGGUUAUGCAAACACAUUAAAAAAAAUGUUAGAUACAUUUAUUUUAAUAAGCAGGUUGGGUUAUGUGUGUACGUGUUGGUAGAUGUUUUUUUCUUGUCUUUCCUUUUCUUUUUUGCUGCAUUUGUUCCAUUUAGAGAUGUCUUGAGGUGAAGCACAAUGUUCUAAACAUUUUAGCAUGACCCUCAUUUCAAAGCCAAAACUAAAAUAUGAUAACCUUUAAGUACCCUGUGCCCCUUCUUUAUGUGGAAAUGGUGCCAGAAGUACAAGAUAGUCAUUCCUCUAUAAUGCCAUCUAUGACUGGACUUAUUGCUUUCAGCUGGGCAUUCUGAUUCCUUUAACAAAUGGUUAGAUACAAAUAUAUAUAUAAAAAAAAUAUAUAGAGAUUUUUGUGGUGUAAGUCAUUCAAAGCUUUGUCUUUGGAAAAAAAAAGUCGAAAUGAUCAAUAAAUGUUCUGCAUUAUAA